AUGUGCGGUAAGAGAGCAAAAAACGACCAAGUCUGGCUGAUCAAAGUAUACGAAGUGGCGUCGGUAUCCAAUGCUAGCAGCGGUCGUGCGUUUACAAACAACGAGGACAAACCUGGCGAGCAACGCGUCGCUGCUGUUUUCAUGACCGUCGUCGAAUGGACCUGGACCGCUUAUGCGACGGUCGCCCUCGUGUCAACGUUGACGGCGACCAGCGGAGCCCUCGGCUACAUGAUGAGCGAACUGCUGAAGCCGAGACGACUCAUCGAUGCCGGUAAGCACGUUUUGUUCGUGUCAGCUGUCUGUCCUCCUCCUGCCGACGUCGAUCGGUCGGUCGGUCGGUCGGUCGAUCGGCUGUUUGCCUUCGUGCUUUAUUUUUUCUUCCUCAAGUGCUUUUUACGAGGAUGCGUUUUCCACCAACACGACGACAAUUUUCUACCUUUCUCCACCGUCGUUCGCUUCCUUUUUCCGCUGACCGUCGUCCGUCACUCGGACGUCUUUUCUCCAGGCACCGUCCGAUCUCUCGUACUGCCUCCUGAUUUUCAGAAAGGUCGUCGACGCUGUGGAUCCACUCACAUAAAACGGAAUUACCGUGAAGUUUCACGUUUCACGUGCUGUGAAAUCGAGUGUGUUAUUAUUUCGACCGACUGGGAUCUCCGUCCAGGCGUUUUGCAAACUUCUUACCAACUAGCUUGUAGCUUACUAAGCUUCGUUACUUUGACCUCGCCAUCAGAAAUGUAA